UCAUAAUUUUUCUGCAUGAAACACUCUUGUCACUCCUUCAUUCACAAAACAUGAUAGUUUUAGGCACUAUUCACUUCCUUUCUCUCUCUCUUUUCUUAUUCUACCCUUUCACACUCCUUGAAGCCUAUGCCCCAAUUGAAAACUUUAGCAUCGAUUGUGGAUCCAACGCCAACUCUUUCGAUGGUGAUAGAAGAUGGAUAAAAGACACAAACUCAAAACUCUUGUCCCUACACCACAACCAAACCAUCACUGCUCAAGCUCCUUCAAUUACCAACCAAGCCCCAUACUCCACAGCUCGUCUUUCUUAUUCACUAUUCACCUAUUCUUUCAAUGUCACUUCAGGCCCAAAAUUCUUGCGCCUUUUCUUCUACCCAGAUUCAUACCCUGGGUUCCAUCGCUCUAAUGCUUUGUUCACGGUUAAAGCUGGUGGGUUCACACUCCUCAAAGACUUCAACUCUUCACUCUUUGUUGAUGUUGACACUGACACCUCUCCUACCAACACCAUCUUCAAAGAAUACAUCAUUCACGUAGGUGAUGAUGAUGAUGAUGAUCAAAGCCUCAACUUAACCUUCACUCCCUCUUCAAAAUCUUAUGCUUUCAUCAACGGAAUUGAGAUCGUGUCCAUGCCCUCUUACCUCUAUUAUAGUGAUCCCAACGAUAUCUUCAACCACAUAAUCAAAUUCGUGGGUCACUUAGACUCAUUAUUCACAAUUGAAAACAACACUGCCCUUGAGACACAAUAUAGGCUUAACUUUGGAGGUAGAUAUCUCCCACCCAGACAAGACUCUGGCAUACUCAGAAGCUGGGAAAGCGAUGAUACGCAUUAUCUAAGCUCUUCGAGUGCCGAACCCAUAGAUUUAUCAGGCAGGGAUAUUCGUGUUAAUCCUGAUUAUAUAGCACCCAAAGAAAUGUAUGAGACAGCAAGGUCCAUGGGUAAUAACGCCACUCACAAUAAGAUUUCUAAUCUGACAUGGGAAUUCCCAGUUGAUUCUGGCUUCUACUACUUGGUAAGGCUUCAUUUUUGUGAGAUAUUCUACCGACAAAUCAAUGAAAGAGGCGACAGAGCAUUCUACAUCUACAUAGCGGAACAGAUGGCUGAGACCCGUGCGGAUGUUCAAAUGUGGAGCAAUGAGAACAACAACCUUACUGUGUACAGAGAUUACGUUGUGUUCAUUCCUAAGAAUAACGAGAAUCAUAAAAAGUCAAAUUUGUCACUCCAAAUGCAUCCUCGGCCAGCUGAUUCGACUCUUUACAGCGAUGUAUUAUUAAAUGGGCUCGAAGUGUUCAAAAUCAGCAACCCUAAUGGAAGUAACCUCGCUGGACCCAACCCUGACACUGUUCUAUUCACAUCCCCCACAACCUUGUACGUUCCAAACCCCAACAAGAGUUUUCUCAACCCCCUCAUAGGAAAACUUGUGGUUGUUGUUGGCGGGCUCUCUGGGGUUGUUUUUCUCUCCAUGGUUGCUUUCUUCUAUCGUAAAUGGGGUCAACAUACAGAGUCCAAGUCAACCUCGUCGUUACCGUCUGAACUCUGUCGUAGGUUUUCAUUGGCGGAAAUGAGAGAAGCCACUAACAACUUCGAUGAUGCCUUAAUAACUGGAGUGGGAGGAUUUGGUAACGUGUACAAAGGGUACAUAGAUCACCGUGGUCCUUCAAUACCCGUUGCGAUCAAACGGUUAAGACCCGGUUCACGACAAGGGGCCCACGAGUUCUUAACCGAGAUUCAAAUGCUUUCUCAGCUUCGUCAUCUUCAUCUCGUGUCACUGGUAGGGUAUUGUUCCGAGAGCCACGAGAUGAUUCUGGCCUACGAUUUCAUGCCACGUGGAACCCUCCGUGACCAUCUCUACCACAAUGAUAACGCUCCUCUUUCGUGGAAGCAACGGCUGAGAAUCUGCAUGGGAGCGGCGCGUGGGCUGCAUUACCUCCAUAGAGGCGCGACGGACAGCAUCAUUCACCGCGACGUGAAGACCACGAACAUUUUAUUGGAUGCGAAAUGGGUGGCUAAGGUUUCGGAUUUCGGGUUGUGUAGAGUGGGGCCCAGUGGGGUCUCGAAGACCCACGUCAGCACGGUGGCCAAGGGUAGUCUCGGGUAUUUGGAUCCUGAAUAUUAUAAACGGUCGCGAUUGACUGUGAAAUCUGACGUGUACUCUUUUGGGGUGGUUUUGUUCGAGGUGCUGUGUGCGAGGCCACCUUUGAUGAAUUGCGUGGAGAAGAGACAGAUGUCGCUUGCUGAAUGGGCCAGAGAGUGCUAUGAAAACGGAACCGUUGAUCAGAUUGUGGACCCCGUGAUCAAGGGCGAGAUUGCGCCCGAGUGUUUGAAGAAGUAUUGUGAGGCUGCAGUCAGUUGUUUGCUUGAUGACGGGGCACAACGACCGUCCAUGAACGACGUCGUUUGGAUGCUGGAGUUCGCGUUACAACUCCAAGAGGAUGGUGAGGUUGAUGCAGAGACUUUCAGUGAAGAACAAAUAUCUGUUUCUAGUGAGAGCAGCGCGCAGAGCAUGCCCAUGCUAACGAAGAAUUAGAAGGUUGAUUUUAUGAGAGUUUAAUUAUGAUUAAGAGUUGUUUUGGAUAAGAAAAAUUUUUUAAGUUAAAAAUCAUCUUAAAGGAAACUACAUUUCAACAAGUUUUGAGGGUCAAGAAGGAGUUAAAGAUAAACCUAAACAUAAGAGAAUAUUGGAAGAUCUUUGGUUUUAAUUAAAAGGAACAC